AUGCGGUCGUGGAGUCGCCUCCGCGGCUGGGAUCGGUGGCGCGCGGCGGGUCUGGUCGCCGCUUGCGCCUUGGCUACUCUCUGGUUGCGCGUGCCCGUCGAGUCGCGUGUCGAAGCGCACUUUCCACACUGUACUCCGACGCGGCUGGCGCACUUCCUCGCCGAUUUCUCGAACCAUCGGCGUCUCGACCCGCGUCUGGGGAUCGGCUCGUGGCGCAUAGAAGACGAGGUGAGCAACUACAGCUCGUGGGAGUAUGGGGUGAGCUACGAGUGCGGCAUACGCUGCACGGGCCGAGCUCGCGUCUCCACCCACGACGAGCUGGCGCCGCGAGAGCACCGAACUCGUAUGCACUACGCGCACUGCACUCCCUGGUCGGGCAUACUGCAACGCUGCGAAGAGGCGGAGGUAGAGAGCGUCGCGAAGGAGGCGCCCGGCGGAGGCGCAGUGCUCCAAGAGAGCGCGCGCAUCUGGUGCGGGGCGCUGCAGCUCUUGUCCGGCGCGUGCCGGGUGCGGCGCCUGCGGGACGUGUGGUUGCGCGCUGUCGCUGAGGCCCUUCGAGCCGAGGGCUAG